AUGGCAAGUAAACGUCGACUCUCUGCCCCGGUGGCACCGACACCUCCACCAUCGAGCACGUCUCUUUCUUCACCAGAGUCGAUUCUGGUGGACUCUACAUGUACCUCAUCUUCGUCCAAUGCUGUCCUCGACGCAAAACUGUUGGACCGAGCCGAAAAGCUCGCCCGCAUGACAAUGGAGCUCAAGAUCCACAAGGUUGUCAUGCAGGCCAACGAUCUGGCUCGCGGACUCGAAGACCUAACACGCAAGACAGUGCGCAACGAGUCCUUCCGCCAGCAAAACGAAGAACGCAUGGAGAGGGUCUGGCAGGACAUCUUGUCCGUCAAGGUGAACUUUGAGCAGCACCUGGACACGAGGGCAAGAGACAAGCUCGAUCUGAGGGAGUGCCAAAGGGAAGUGACGGAGGUGAAGAGCUCAAUGGGCGAGGUCAGGAGGCUGGUGGAGGAAUUGGCCAGCAAAGUAGACCAGCUGCCGACGCUGGCCGAGGCCAACGCCGUGCUGGCGGGCGUGAGUGCGCAGAGGGAGGCGUGCGAGACUGCCGCUGCGGUUUGUCGGGAGUGCCGUGAGUUCGGGACGCGGCUCAAGAUCCACAAGGUUGUCAUGCAGGCCAACGAUCUGGCUCGCGGACUCGAAGACCUAACACGCAAGACAGUGCGCAACGAGUCCUUCCGCCAGCAAAACGAAGAACGCAUGGAGAGGGUCUGGCAGGACAUCUUGUCCGUCAAGGUGAACUUUGAGCAGCACCUGGACACGAGGGCAAGAGACAAGCUCGAUCUGAGGGAGUGCCAAAGGGAAGUGACGGAGGUGAAGAGCUCAAUGGGCGAGGUCAGGAGGCUGGUGGAGGAAUUGGCCAGCAAAGUAGACCAGCUGCCGACGCUGGCCGAGGGCAACGCCGUGCUGGCGGGCGUGAGUGCGCAGAGGGAGGCGUGCGAGACUGCCGCUGCGGUUUGUCGGGAGCGCCGUGAAUUCGGGACGCGGGCUGGGUGCUCUCACAAGCCUAUGCAGACUCGCAUCCAGGAGACGAUCAAGUCUACGCGGCGGUGGCACCACGAUCACAAGUCGACUGCGCUGCCUGACGCCGUGUUUACGGCCAAUUAUCUCAAGAAACAGUCGAAGCGAGACCCGCGCAUGGCCGUGUUUCUGCAGAGGGCUAUUCACAAGCGCAUCAGGCGGCGGCGGCGGGAAUCUGGCUCGCGGCCGCAGUCGCUCGAGGAGUUUUGUCAGGAUGUCAGCUGGGACGAUGUGACGAGGACGGUGGAGGACGUCUUGGUUAGGAGGGUGGAUUCUACGGUUCGAUCGUUGAGUCAGAGUUCGCAGUAG